UUCUGAGGAUAUUAAAGUUUUCCACUCAGAAUGGUUUGUUCCAGCAGGGUCAGAGCCAGCUGUCAAACUGUGGCUGAAGACGACGAGGAACAUGGCGUCUGAGCAGGAAAGCGCCAAUGGUCCCGUGAAGAAGUCUAUGAGAGAGAAAGCUAUAGAAAGGAGGACUACAAACAAGGAACACAACAGUAACUUCAAGGCCGGGUAUAUCCCCAUUGAGGAGGAGAGACUUCACAAGACAGGCCUGCGGGGCAGGAAGGGCAGUUUGGCUAUCUGUGUUAUUGUCCUCCUCUUUCUUCUGGCUUUGAUCAACUUAAUUAUCACCCUUGUUAUCUGGACUGUAAUCCAUAUCGGCCCCAAUGGCUGUGACAGUAUGGAGUUCCAUGACAGUGGUUUGCUGCGGUUCAAGCAGGAGUCUGACAUGGGGGUGGUGCAUCCACUGCACAAGAGCACGGUGGGGGGGCGGAAGAAUGAGAACCUUGUGAUUACUGGCAACAACCAGCCUGUUGUGUUUCAGCAGGGAACAACCAAGCUCAGUCUAGACAAAGAAAAAGCCUCCAUUACCAGUGAUCUUGGAAUGUCAUUUGUGGAUCCCCGAACCCAGAACACACUCUUCAGCACAGACUACGACAACCAUGAAUUCCACUUGCCAAAGGGGGUGAAGGUCCUGAAUGUGCAAAGGGCUUCCACAGAAAGGAUCACUAGCAAUGCUACAAGUGACCUUAGUAUUAAAGUUGAUGGGCGUGCCAUUGUGCGUGGAAAUGAAGGGGUGUUCAUCAUGGGCAAAACCAUUGAGUUCAAAAUGGGAGGAGACAUGGAGCUAAAGGCUGAAAACAGCAUUGUUCUAAAUGGAACAGUCAUGGUCACUUUAUCCCGAAAUCCAAACUCUUCCUCGGGAGGGGAGCUGUUCCUUGAAGAGAAAUGGGAGCGUUACAAGCUCUGUAUGUGUGCGGAUGGAACGCUCUUCAGAGUUCAGGUUAAAAGCCGCAACAUGGGCUGCCAAACCUCAGACAACCCCUGCGGUGCAACUCGCUGACAGCCAGCGUGGCCGAGAAAUGAAAGGUUUUAGGAAGAAGACUUUCUGUGCUGAUAAGAAACCUGAUGCAGGAAAAUACAUUAUACCCAGAUUAUACUUUUUUUUUUUUUUUCCUGAGUGCAACCAAAGACUUAACUAGGAACUCUGCUUCAAUUAAAACCUUUUUUCAGAACUUAAACUAGGAGUUUUGAAUGAAUGCAUGCAAUAGCUUUUGUUGACAUUGGGAGGUAUUAUAUAUUUUUUUGUUUGUGUGUAAUAUAACAACAAUAUUAUAACUUUUUUUUGUGGCAGUAGGAAUAGCGUAUUUUUUUCCCCCCUGAAACAUUUAAAGAUUUUUCAUUAAAAUGCCUCUCUGACAUAUAAAAUGUGGCUGGUCCAUGGCAAGUGCAUUUGACCACCAUUUUCCCAUGUACUGCACCAGUGUGUAACAUACCUUUGAAUUAGCUGUGUGUAUGUAUGUUACUGUGUUAGCUUUUCCCUCACACAGAGCCUUGAUUUUAAUGACAGAGAUAAUUUAUUGUAAACAAGACUUUUUUUUUUAAUUAUCAUGUAACUGGGAUUUAUGGACACCUGCACACAAGUUGUGCUUAAAAGUGCCAACCUGUAGGUUAUCUGUGGUAGAAAUGUACACUUUAUUGCACUAUGCUUCAAUUAAGCCCAUCACUAUUUAUAUAGCUAAUACUAUUUUCCUUGCACGACAUUUUUAGUCUAUUAUAUUUACAAGCACAGAUAUAUGUAUUGCUACUAAUACUAAUAAAUGUGUUGUAAACAGUGUUAUAAUUCAUGAAUGCCUUGAUUUUAUUUUACUGCCAUGCAUUAUUGUGAAGAGUUUAAAAGGAGUGAUGUAUUAAAGGAUAUUUCAGUUUUCUAGUUGCAGGAUGGUGCUUGUUGCAUUGUGUAGUAUAACACUGUCUUGCUGUGUUGCAAGGCUAAUAUGUUUCUAUCUACAAUAUGUACAAUAUGUAUUUAUUUUUGUGCCAUUUUAAGUAUUGGUAUACAGCAACAGUUUUACUAUAAGGCAGUGUCAAAUUUUUGUCUGAAAUAAAAAUGCACACAUGAGACACUGAGAGAGACACCUUUUCCCAGGAUUAAAUGAAAAUGAUGGCGGUGCCAAAGCCAUUAUAAAGUAACGCUAUGGUGGUGCCAUAAGAUUGUAUUUAAUUUAGGCCCUUGUUUGUCUGCUGGAGUUGGACUAAGGUUAGUUUAAAUCAUACAUCCAUUUGAGAACUUGCUUGCCACUGAUUAUCCAAGACAGUUGUGUUUUUUUUUUUUUUUUAAUCAUUGACAGCACACAAGACGCAGUACUUCUGUACAUUUUCAGUCAGGUGCAACGUAAUCCAACACAGUGCAAUCACAGUGCCUUUGGUGCUGUGACAGUCUCAAUCGGGUGUAUAGCAUGUACAGUCUUUGACAGGUCUGUUUUCUAAAAGUACAUGUUAUCAUAUUACUUGCACAGUUUAUAGAUUCACAACUGAAAUACAUUUACAAGAGUGUCAAACAAGCUUUCAAUGUUUGUGCUUUUAAUAAUAAAAUAAUAAUAAAUG